AUGCAUUCAGUAUGCUUGAUUGGAAGACAUGGUACUACGACUGGUGCCUCUUUUUCUUCUUCUUCUUCUUCAAAGGUUGUUGGUUUCUUUACGUUUAUGAUGGCUUCCUGCUUCCUCUUCCAAAUGAACCAAGCACAAAUCACUCUACCUAACAACAUAACGAUCCCAGCCUUGAUUGCCUUUGGAGAUUCUAUCAUAGACGCAGGCAACAAUAAUAAUCUUAAGACGCUGGUGAAAUGCAACUUCCCUCCCUAUGGCCGGGACUUCAUGGGAGGAAUCCCCACUGGAAGGUUUAGCAACGGAAAGGUCCCUACUGACUUCUUGGUUGAAGAUUUGGGAAUUAAGGAGCUUUUGCCUGCAUAUCUUGACCCGACCUUGAAACCUUCAGACCUCCUCACAGGUGUAAGCUUUGCCUCCGGUGCUUGUGGUUAUGAUCCACUCACCUCUCAGAUGACGUCAGUGUUGUCUCUAUCGGAUCAAUUGAAUUUGUUCAGAGAGUACAUAAGGAAGCUGAAGAAGAUUGCUGGAGAAGAGAGAGCAAAUAGUAUCAUUGCAGAGAGCUUCUAUGCAAUCUGUACAGGAAGCGACGAUAUAGCCAAUACUUAUUUCUCUACUCUUUUGAGGAGUGUAAACUAUGAUGUCCCUACCUAUACUGAUCUCAUGAUCCGUUCAGCUUCUAGUUUCAUUCAGGAACUGUAUGGUUUGGGGGCAAGAAGGAUUGGUGUGCUGGACAUCCCACCAAUUGGAUGUGUGCCAGAACAGAGAACCCUUGGAGGAGGGCAAGAGAGAGAGUGUGCAGAGAAAUACAACCAGGCAGCCUCUCUUUUCAACACUAAGCUGUCUUCACUCAUCAACUCCCUCAACAGAAGGCUCCCACAAUCCAAGAUUGUCUUCAUUGAUAUCUACCAACCCCUACUUGAUAUCAUCCAAUACCCUGAUUCCUACGGAUUUGAAUAUGUGAAUAAAGGAUGCUGUGGCACGGGAAGACUAGAGGUUUCAAUACUCUGCAACUCCUUGGUCCCUCAAACGUGCCAAAAUGACUCCAAAUACUUAUUCUGGGACAGUUAUCAUCCCUCUGAGAGAGCCUACCGCUUCCUCACUACUGUCAUCUUACGGGACAAUAUUAAUCAAUUCUUUUAAAGAUGAAGGUUGGGCACGCUGUUAGUUUUCUUAGAGUUAACAACUCGAAGGGAGAGAUCGAAAUGAAAGUGGCAGGAGUGACAUUUUCAAAGGGAGAGGAGAGAUGCAGAGACAGAGCUAGCAUGGCCAGUCUUCUUCCUCUUUUUAAAUUCUAGUCAAAUCCUUUUUGUUUCUAUGGCCUAGUACUACUCUGCUUGCAAUGAUCAUUCCUCUAAUGUUUGGUCACAAUUGAAACAAA